UGGAGUGGAAUGUGGAAACCAACGAACAGUUUUUAUCCUACAGUUGCUACAAAGCAGGUGGAUUCAACGAACUCCACCGCCAAACUCUGCAGGUUGUAGCGAUGUGCAUUUCAAAUGCGUGAUGCGUAUAUAUAUAUAUAUAUAGAUAUAUGUGUGUGUUAGUUCUGUGCAGGGGGGAAAAGCUGGGAGUGAGGAAUUGAGGAGAGAUCUUUGUUAACCUGUUUGUUUCGCAUGGCGCAAGCGAGUGAGAAGCGUGUCGGUGGAGGAGAAGCCGUACAAAUGGCGCCGGAGAACCGAAAGGACAGCGGGAACGGUAGUGGAGGUGGAUGGGGAUUCAAAUUCAAUGCGGCGGCUCCUGAAUUCGUGCCGCGGUCGCACUCGCAUGUCCAGCCGCAUCUGCCAUUGUCCGGCUACUUCUACCCGCAGUGUUUUCAGUGUCUCGAUGGAAUAAACGGGAACUGGAUCUAUUACGCCGAUCAACAAGCGUCGGUACCUUUGGUUGGAUCCAAGGUUGCGCCGCCGCUGAAUCAUCCGGCCAAGGAGAACGUCCUUACCGAGGAUCUUAAGCAAAAAAUUGUCAAACAGGCAGAGUACAUGUUCAGUGACAUAAGCUUGCUAGCCAAUGAAUCCAUUGCUAAACAUGUGAGCAAGGAUCCUGAAGGCUUUGUUCCUAUAAAUUUUGUCACUACUGCAAAGAAACUCAAGUCCCUUAACGUUAGCAAUCCAAUGGUGGCACAAGCAUUGCAAUCCUCCUCUAACCUGGUUGUGAGCAGCGACGGCAAGAAGGUGAGACGGAAACACCCCUUAACCGAUAAGGAUAAAGAAGACCUGAUGCUCCGCUCUGUUAUAGUUGAAAAUCUACCCGACGAUCACUCUCAUCACAACAUUGAGAAACUGUUUAAUGUGGUUGGAAGCAUCAAAUCAAUCCGAAUAUGUCAACCACAAGAACCAAAUUCUUCUCGUUCUUCUAAGGGAGAUUUAGUUGUUAGCAAUAAGCUUCAUGCACUGAUUGAGUAUGAAACUCCGGAGGCUGCAGAGAAAGCAGCCGAAACAUUGAACGAUGAAAGAAACUGGAGAAAAGGCAUGCGCGUGAGGGUAAUGCUCAAGCGAUCGGUAGGUUGCCUUCCAACCAUAUCCAUUCUGCUUCAUGCUUUCUUACAUAUAUCGUUAACUACUUGUGAUGCUAAUCUACAGCCUAAGUCUGUGUUAAGGAGCAGGAAGUCAGAUUUCGAUGUGUGUUCAGACGACGAGGAGGGAACGCCCUGCCUUUCGCAGGAAGAUGCCUCGCCUACCAACUCAGCUGAGGUAGAUGAGAACUCAUGUGCAUUGAAGAAAAGUUGGUCGAAGAACCGGGCGAAACCCAAGCAUCGGCCUCAUAUUAUAAAUUCGACAUCUACUACACCAAACAGCAGCUUGCCGACAAAAGGCCCCCGAAUGCCGGACGGAACCAGAGGGUUCGCCAUGGGGAGAGGGAAGCCACUCUGUGUCCAGGUGCAAUCCAGUUAAAUAGUAGACUGACUCAGUUUUAUAUGCCUGCAAAGUUUAUGAUGAGUUUUAUAUCUAGAGAAGGUGAAGUGUUUGUCAUGUAUGGAAAGCAUGUUCCAUUGAUCUGUGUGUGUGAUAAUGUUGAACAGAAUGCUGCUCUGCUGAUUCUUGGCAAGUUUUUGUAUCUUUUACUUA